UACAGGAAGUAGCGGGGAUGGAUGGAGAGAGGAAGUGUUAUUGCGAUACAGCAGCUUCUUAACAACAACACUGAUUUCAUUGACGUUUAUAUGGGGGGCGAUUUUUGACAAUCGGAGUCCAUGGAGUCCCAUGAGGAGAAGCCAAUAAUCUACACAAUGGAAAAUAAGCCGAUAGUAACAUGUUCUGGGGAUCAGAGUCUGUUCACAUCACUGUACCACUGCCUUGCACAGCAACUACCCAGGGAGCCUAUGGAAUGGAGAAGGUCAUAUGGACGUCCACCAAAAAUGAUUCACCUAGAGGCGAACUUUGUCCAGUUUAAAGAAGAUCUUCUUCCUAAAGAAGGCAAUAAAGCUCUUCUUACAUUCCCCUUCCUGCACAUAUACUGGACAGAUUGCUGUGACACUGAGGUAUACAAGGCCUCAGUGAAAGAUGACAUUGUUCGAUGGCAGAACACACUCAAGACGUACAACACAGCUGACUGGCUGAUUGUGGUGGUGGAGAGCGAUGCUAAAAAAAAGAACAAGACCAACAUCCUUCCCCGGACAUCCAUUGUCGAUAAAAUAAGGAAUGAUUUCUGCAACAAACAAAGUGACAGGUGUGUGGUACUGUCAGAUCCCCUGAAAGACUCCUCACGCUCACAGGAAUCUUGGAGUGCAUUUCUCACCAAACUCCGGACCCUUCUUCUCAUGUCCUUUACCAAAAAUCUGGGCAAAUUUGAGGAUGACAUGAGAACCCUGCGUGAGAAACGCACCGAUCCAGGCUGGAGCUUCUGUGAAUAUUUCAUGGUCCAGGAGGAGUUGGCCUUUGUUUUCGAAAUGCUGCAGCAGUUUGAAGAUGCUCUGGUUCAGUAUGAUGAAUUGGAUGCCCUUUUCACUCAAUAUGUGGUGAAUUUUGGGGCUGGAGAUGGUGCAAAUUGGCUAGGAUCAUUCUGCCAGCCUGUACAGAACUGGAAUGGACUAGUCCUACGGAAGCCUAUUGACAUGGAGAAGAGAGAUCUCAUACAGCGUAGCCAGGCCAGCUUGUUGGACCUACGUAGUUAUCUGUUUUCCCGGCAGUGUACUCUGCUCAUAUUCCUGCAGCGCCCCUGGGAGGUAACCCAGAGAGCCUUGGAGCUGCUGCACAACUGUGUACAGGAGCUGCAGUUGCUGGAGGUUUCAGUGCUACAGGGCUCUUUGGACUGCUGGGUGUUCCUGAGCUGCUUAGAGGUGCUGCAGAGAAUAGAGGGCUGCUGUGAUCGAGCACAGCUGGAGGCUAAUAUUUCACACACAGUUGGGCUCUGGACAUAUGCCACUGAGAAGUUAAAGUCUUUGGGUUGCCUCUGUGGUUUGGUGUCAGAAAAUGGACCCAAUUCUGAAGAUCUGAAUCGAACCGUGGACCUCUUGGCUGGGUUGGGAACAGAGAGACCUGAAACAGCUAGCAGCCUACAGAGCCCCUACAAAAAACUUAAAGAAGCCUUAUCUUCAGUUGAAGCCUUUGAAAAACACUACUUAGAGCUUUCGCAUGCUGCAAUGGAAAUGUAUAAAACAAUUGGUCGGAUUCGAUCUGCAAAACUGUUGGGAAAGAGUUUGGCUGAGUUUUACAUGAGGAAGAGUGACCCCAAGAAAGCAGAAGCUUUAUUUCAGGACUCCCUGAAGACAUACUUGGCAGAGGGCUGGGCUCUGCCAGUCACCCACACCCGGAAACAGAUAGCAGAGUGUCAGAAACUGCUGGGUCAGACUGAAAGUUACCUUCAGACAAGUUCCCUUUUAGCCAGUGAUGGCAAUCUCUCAGAUGAGGAGAGGAAGCACUUCUGUCAAGAGAUCCUGAACUUUGCCUGCCAACAGUCAGACAAUCAAGUCCAGAAAGUGGUGUUGGGCAUGAGCUCACUUGCCCAGCUACAGCAUCUGCUCUUCACCCCUACCUCGGCAGUGGUGCAUGUGGGAGGCCAGGUGGCACUGGAGCUGAGUCUGCACAGCAACAUGCCCAUGCCAGUACAUCUGGAGCAACUUGCAGUCAGUGUGCACUUCAGCAUCGAGAGGAGCAGCAUUCGUGAAACUGGGGAUGUGCUGGGCAAGCAGCGGACAGGUGGUGUCAACAGUGGCAUCAUCCACUUUCCUGGGGAGUUGCCAGCUGGCUGUUUGCCUCGCACCAGCCCUCCCGUACUAGAAUUGGAUGAGAUGCAUGAUAGAAGCCCUUCAGACAAUGCACUGAACUCCUCUGGUGUGGUCUGCAAGAACGUGCACCUUCUGCUGCGGCGCAGGGAGAGUGUCUCCUCCCUCGAGACCCCUUCAGGAGUGGCAGUAGAGGAUAGUGCCCAGAUCCUCAGAACCAACGAUGUUUUGCUGCUGCCAGGCAGGAACAAGAUUUUGUUCACAGCACCAAGUCGAGAACCUGGGACAUACACCCUGCGGCAGCUGAGAGCCACAGUGGGCCAAGUACGUUUUGUUCAGCACCACAUCUACCCCAUUGUGCAGUAUGAGGUUUACUCUCAGGAGCCACAACUCAAAGUGGAGCCACUCACAGAUGUCCUGUUGGCAGGUGUUCCCCAGAGGGUGAAGUUCACUAUAGUCACAGGCCACUACUCCAUUAAGAAGGGAGAUGCGCUGCAGCUGAGCAACAAUGAUUCUAUGCCAAUACUGCACUCCACUGACUGCACCGCUACAAUUAUGUCCAAUACUGGAGAGAGAGUGGGAGAGAAUGGUCUUUCCAUCCAGUCAUCGGAGAAGGUGACCAGCAUCACCCUGCCCCUUACAUCCACCUACCACAUGGUGGAGUUUGAGCUAGAGGUCAUGUGCCAUAUUCCCUCAAUCCUCCCCAAGGCCACAGACAGUGACAGACUAACCAAUGGAGAGCUUUACCAGAGAGCCAAAAGCAAGUGCAAGACUGAGAGCCACAUGGCUUCCAUUGAUCAAAAGAUGUCCAUUGAUUGUCCUUGGUCUAUUUACUCGACACUCGUUGCCUUGACAUUCUACAUCCCAUUUAAAAGCCAACACUCCCUGCUUUCAGCUGGAAAGAGAUUUAAUAGCAUCCCCUUGACUUUUCCAUUCCCAUUGAAUGUAGAUUCAAUGACAGCUACCUUCUCAAGCGACCAGCCAUUCAGGAAAUACAUCCAGGUGUGUAUGCAAAACAUGUCGGACAUGAACUUCUGUUUGUUAAACCACUGUCUGACAGAAAAACAGAAGAACACAACACUGGAGCUGGUGCCUGUGAAUAUAAAACCACAACAGAAUGUAUACAGUAAGCAGUCUGUGUUCUGCUUGUGGGAGGUAAAGUGGACCACAGAACCACCUUCUUGUCUGCAGUGUGUUUUCACCAUCAGCUUCUCACCCAUGACUGAGGAAGAACCUUCCUUUCAACCAUACUCGUAUGAGUUUCAGCUGGAUAAUAUAUCUACGCUCUACAGUGUAAAGGCUCAGAUCGUUCCAGCUCUAGGGGUGCAGCACUGCCGCACUGGUUCUCUGUGUUCCCUUAAUGUGUCCCUCACACGGCUCUCUGACUUAAUAGAGCAGAACAGUGAUGAAGGUCUGACAGAAUCAGAUGUGCUAUGCACCACCAAGGUGAUGUACGAAGUGGCAGACAACAGUAGCAACUGGGCGGUGUGUGGAAAGAGCUCAGGGGUGAUCUCCAUGCCAGUGAUGGCCUCUGCAACUCACAAAGUCCAAAUGGAGGUAAUGCCUCUUUUUGCCGGAAACCUCCCAUUCCCCAGCAUCAGGGUCUUCAAAUAUCUGCCUCACCAUGCUGCACACUCCAUCCAGCCUGACACAGACAGCUGGAUUGAAAAUGACAACCUGUCUAUUGACAAGUCCCUGGAAGAGCAGGGGGACAACAGCAGUAUCCGGAGCCGCACCAGCACUCACUCUAUAGGUAACGAGCACAAGGGGCUGCCCAUUCCACGCCUGGAGCCCUUCAGUUCCGGUCAGGUGUUCAACAGCAGCUCUGGGCAGCAGGUCCUGGUGAUGCCUAGCAAGGAUGACCAUGUAUUGGAGGUCAACAUUACAUGACGAUAGCCAGCCUGCACCACUACCCACCUUCUUCUGCACUCUCACACUAGACUCUGGUAUGGUUGCACUUUACUGGGAGAGCACAGGCAAUUUGCAGGCCUGAUUGACAUGGACAUUGUUGCUGGUUUGUUUCAAUGUCUGGUUUCUUUUUAAUAAGACAAACUCAAUGCAGUCUAGCCAUCAUAGACAUAACAUCAUAGGACUCAUGUUUAUUUUUUUCCCUUUUUUAUGAGACUAUUGAAAUUUUGUCCCACAAACCCCAACACAAGAAGGAGCCCAGGAUGGACUAGAUGAGUGUCCUGAGACAUCCUGUGUGACCGAUCAACUGAGCUAGGUCUCCAAGCAUUGUACUGUAGCACAAACAAAUGAAAAUAUUCAAUUUCAUCUCACACUUUGAACUCAUAGCUAAUUGACAACAAGACUCUCCCUCACCAGUUUGUAGUAUUAAGUGAUUCAACAAGUAUCCAUGAUAUUCCAAAUUACAUUAAAUUUGGGUGAUUAAAACAUUAGUUUUAGUCAUAAUUUGAUUAUAGUCAUUAUUUGUUUUCUCCACUGCUAUAUGUUUCUCCGAUUACUCUUUCGUAUAAACUUUUCUGCACAGUAUUCACAUCUGUUGCUGUAUAAAUCUUUGGAUAUAUUCUAUAUCAGAAAUACGUUUGGAGGAAAAAAGCCCAUAGUUAUUUUUUUCUUUAGAAAUACAGGAGUUAGCUGUGAAAGCUUUGAUGUAGAACAGAAAUUCCCAUUAUUCAAUUUCAUGUCCUCAUUCUUUCUCUGUGGCCUGACUGUGUACCAUUAGUUAGUCAUUAAUUCCACACAGUGUCUAUAAAGGACCCAGUCAAGACUCAAAGAAAUAAGUUCAAUCCAUCUGUGAUUUUAGGUUUCGUGACUGACACCUGUAUUUAGAAUUGGCCACAUUACCACAAAACAUAAAAAAACUCCUUUUGAAUUAAAAGUGACAUACCUAAAAUUAUAAAAACAUAUUAUUUUUACUUCUUCGGGCUGGUUAUUACAGAUCAUAGUGCUUAGUUACUCUAAAAUGCAAAAUAAUAAAAAAUUGAAAACAUGUUAAAAUGAGGAAAAAUGCAACUUAUGUGUAUAUAAACUGUUCAUACAGAGUAAGUAAAAAGCUAAUAAACUGAACAUAUUAAUUUCUUUUUUCUCUCUGUCUUGUGAGGUCUGUUUUUUGUGUUUUUUACUUUAUCCUAGAAGGAGCAGCAUGUUCAGUUUCACAGCUGUUUUAUGAAGGGAAGCAACAAAUAGAUGUACAAGUUUUCUUGUCGCUGUCCAGCAAUGUCCUCUUAAGAAAAAUUAUUUUAAUGCCACAGGUUACAGUAUAUCAUGUUGGAACACACAACCCUUCUGCCUAUACAGGAGAAAGAUGGAACACAGUGGGCCAGGCCAGGGAUUUUUAAGAUUCUCAAGCUUUUUUUGGAAACUAGGAAGGCUACUGUCCAGGACAGUACUGUAUGUCUUGGCUUGUGUAUGAUGAUGUAUCAAGUGCAUCUGUUCUAUUAAAUUAUCAAGAUGAAAACUUAUUUAUAUCCAGUAGAGGAAAUAGAUUAUUCAAAAGAGAAUGUGAGCUGGAAAGGAGUUUAGAAGACCAUGGAGUCUCUUCAGGAGUUAAAUCAUGAUCUAUCAUGAUUUAUACCCUUUGGAUUCAGCUCCCUCCACAGUGAAUCUGAAUUUUUGGUCCAUUAAAAGUUUUAUAAAUCUUUAGUGAAGUUUAUGUUUUGACACUCUCCUGAAGCAGUUGGAUUACUUUGAUUACAGAAAACAAUGGUGACUGAUAAAAACAAAUGCAACCAGUCUUUUAAUUGUCUUUUCGGUGGCUCCUUAAAACAUGAAAGCAUUCUUUAUUUUCUCAGUACUAUUCUUGAUCUCUUUUAUAAUCAGGUGUAAAGAUUCACAUUUUUUUCAUUUCGCACAUUGAAUUCCUUCGUGAUUUUCAGAAUUCAUUUUUUUUCCUUCUGUUCAAUAUUUUAUUUUUAUCUGCUCUUAGUACCAACUGGGAAUCAAUUAUCUGUUCACUCUGUUCUUUUAGGCUAACUCAGCAUUUUGCUAUGUAUCAGGGUUAUGUUCUAGCUCUGACAAGAGGGAUUAUAUUACCCUGAAAGAUUGAUUGUUUCUGUUUCUUAACUAAGAAAGUACUGGGAAACUCCUUGGUCACACUGUUUCAGGUUCAAAAAUGUCUAGAUGAAGACAAUUAAACUUUAGACACUUUUCUCUUUGUUAUAAUCAAAAUAAUGAUAAUUGUUUAUUUAAUUGUGAAAAACAUCAGUAAAGUACUUGUAUAAUUAUUCGUAUAUUCCUUUUUGGGAGGUGUUACAGCUUUGUAAAUGCUGUAUUAUGUUAAUUUCAUUGUCACUAAGCUUACAGGGGGUUGAAAAAAAACAAAACUUCUAUUGCUUUUACACUGAAACAUAAUGACAUUAAAUUUAACAUUUAAAUAAAAUAUAUAUUUUCACAAUGUUCUGUAACUUCUGCAAUUAGUUCAAUACACCUCAGAUUGUAUUCAGUGGUCUAUUUAAAUAUGUGCACAUUACACAGUUCAAAAUAUAAAUGUUUAAAAAUGAAUUGUGUGUCAUUAAUUCUUGUAUUUAAAUACUAUAUAUUACAAAACAUUGAAGAUGUUGUAAAUCAUCUGAAAUGUUGUUCCUGAAGUCUCUCAGUGUAUGUGAUUCCUAGUGCUGAGCUGUUUUUAAUUAGGCACAUACAACAAAAAAAUAAAACAGCAAUGUUUUGCAAACUGUACUCACA